GCUGAAACAAGAGAAAUGCGCUGGAGAGUAAAUAGCUCUAUUUUUUUCCCACACCACAUAAAGGCAACACGAGUCGGAAUACGGCUGAAACCAGGUGGGUGUGUUUAAGGUUGUGUCACAUGAUUCUGUUGCUAGGCUGUUAGCUGGUGGCUUCUCCAUCUAAUGUUAGUGCAUUCUCUUACCUCCUUACCCUAAACUAUGCUAUUAUACACAAAUCGUUUUCAGGCGACAGCGAUUUGCGCAUAUACAGCGAAAAUUUUAACAAGCAAACCCUGAUUAAUUCUCUUGAUGUGUGUGCUGAAUAAUCAUCGCUGUAGGGGCUGCUCAACGACCCACAUCUAGGCACGUUGCUGGCUAGCUUAGCACCCGUUUUAGGCGGGAUGUCAACAGGUUUCCGUAGUGUUUGUCUUGGUUUUAUCUUUCAAAACGUGAGGAGGCAAUUUAGUAAAUGAGACAGAAGCUGCCACUUAAACCGAGGAGAUCUCAGGACAGCUCACUCCCUGGAUAAGCUGAUAUGGUUGAACCACAGAGAUCAAGAACAUGAGACAGGAGAUUGUGGAAAAUCUAUGAAAUCAAAGAACAUGAAAUGCUGAAAAUCUUCCCACUCACGCUCCCGUUCUCAUGACGCCAGCAGGGAGGUAUGGGCUUCUCAAGGGUAGUAGCCAGAAUCAUGGGUAGGAUCAGUACAUUCAGGUCCUAUCAGCUGGUGCUUCUGCUGGCUGCUGCACUCGCUGUUGUAGCUUUUUACUACUUUGGCUCAGAGAGGCAGAAUUUCUCCAGCACCACAAAGAGGAUCAAGCAGACCCAGGCCAGUCACAACACCAACAGAAACGAUGCAGACCUCACCGUGGACACCAGGCUCUCGCACCCGGACGAGCCGAAGGAGCAAGGACGGGAAGAGCGAGGCGUAGGAGAAGACGGCGACGCUUUGACGUCCAGGGAAGCGGACAGUGAGGCUGGUUUCCAACAUUACCACGUGCUAAUGAUGUUCACCAAAGUGGACAAGAGCCGGAGCUUGCAGGAUAAAUUCCGAGUGGCCAUGCUGUCCAUGGUGAAACACGGACACUUCUUGGAAGGAGAGGUGUUGGUUCUCCACUUUGUGAGUGACCAGGCCAGCCAAGAGCUGGGCAAGAGGAUGCUGCUGGAGCUUUUCCUUGACACAACGUUUAAAUACGAGGUAUUUCUCGACACUCCCUCCAGUAAAUGCCGUUAACUUAUUUAGUAGUGUUUCUGACCAAGUAUCUAUUUAUUUAGACAUAUUAGUUUGUUAAUAACA